AUGUUAUGUCACGUGAUACAAGAAUCGGCGGCGGGCUGCGACGUAGGAGUAUCGUUUACGCGAAAGAACGGUCGCUUCCUGAAUUUACCUGCUUCUACUCCUGUCUUUGUCCUUUCAACUCUGUUGCCUGUGUUUUCUCGCAAUUUUUGUGUCCACGGUAUCAACGCGCCUAUUGCAUUUUUCGUGCCUCUGCCUGUUCUGUUCGUUACUUUAGAAGGCAUCAUACAUUAUCCAAUACCUGAAAUGCAGCUUUCUCCUGAAUGUCGCAACUCCAUAAACUUUUCAGAUUUUUGGGAAAGUAUCGAUGAGCCGUCUCUACAAAAAUUUUUGGUUUUUCGCCUUUCUGCUGGUGAUUUGAAUGAUGAGUCUGAAGAACAUCACCGAUACAUUACUGAACUGAAAACCAUCAAGAAAUAUUAUGCUGAAGCCUCUGAAAUGGGUAGAAAUAUUUCUAAAUGGAUAAAUCGGUUUAAGUGGGAAUCGGUGCGUCCUCUCUGGGAAUCGGACGUCUCAUUACGUCUUUGA